AUGGCUGCUAACGAAUUGCGUCUUUUGGAUGCUGUUGAAUUAAAACUCGCUUUGGCUAGCUCUGCCUCAAGUUUUCAGAGAACAAUUGACAUUUAUUUAGCCCCAGCUUUACUAAAGUUUGAAUCUCCUCAUGAUGCUGUUCGCAAAAAGACAAUGGACAUUGCUCAACACGUCCAGUCGCGCUUAAAUAGCGACUCUUCUUUGCAAGUUCCACUACUUGCUCUUUCUAAACAGUACGUUGAGCCCCAUUCAGAGCUGCUGAAACAAGUUGACGCCCAGUUUCUGCUUCUUGGCACACAGCGUCUGCCGGAAACGCCAAAUCUCGAGUUCACAGAGUUUCUUAUGCAAAAUCUGUCCGUUGACCCGAAACUAUUUCUUCCACUGUUGCUUCGUUUGCUCGUACACACACCCCCACAAACCUUGUCUGUGACACCUUCUCCAGAUUCAUUGCAACUACUGGCAGCACUGCUAGCUCCUCAUUCCAGCGACAGUGUGUAUGCUCCGCUUCGCGCCUCGGAGCACACCGUUGAGUAUCGUGUGGCUGUUCUCCGUUGGUUUGCCCAAAACUCAUGGCCACAAGUUUAUCGCUGGCUGACUUUUACACUCGGUACCUUUGACAAAAACACAGAGGUAUCUCGUGUUGCUGGUGAUUCCCUGCGUCAACUUGACACUCAGAAUCUAGAAGAUGACGCGUUGGUGAGUUUGCUGCUUUCUAUUGCACAGAACAAGUACACGUUGCCCAGGUUGGGCACAGUGGUUCAGUUCUCUGUUCCGUUCCGUGCAAAGGCAUUGCAGCUUCUGUGUCGCAGCAUACUAGCUGCAAGUCGGGAGGAUGCUUUGACAUGUAUAGAGUCUAUUUUCCAGUCUCCUCCUCCCCUGCAUUCACGAUUAAUCCAAUUUGCACAUUGGAUCGUUACGAUGGCCAAGCCCGAAUUCCUUAAAAACCAUUCCGAAAGCUUGUUUGCUCUAUUAAAACGGGCACUCCAACAACCUGGCCUCGCUGAUAGCAGUCUUCGAGGAUUCUUGUACACGUCUCUUGGUUCCGUUCUUAAGGCUGAUCGUGAGCGAUUGGCUAACAUUGGCAAUCUAUCUUUUCUGUUUGACGCUUUGAAAAAUGAGUCUCCAGAUAUUCGUGUAUCUAUUGACGAGGCGCUCUCUAUCGUCCUCGCUUGUUAUCGUCACUUUCAUGAUCUCGACGCCUUAUUUACAAUGCUUCAAAGUUAUGUCGUGGAUGAAAAUUUUAAUGCUUCUUAUGCCGCUUUACGCUAUAUCCUUGUUGUCUUCCCUUUCCAUUACACACCCGCCCGAACCCUCUGCGUUUUGUCUCAAGACCAGAGUCGGUUCUCCCAUGCAUUUGUUGAGGAAGCACAGAAAGGACUUACUUUGAACGAUUGGUCCUUAUACAACAGUAUCUACUAUGAAAAUGACAAGCUUUCCGUGACAAAUACUUUCUCAUUGUUGCAGAACUGUUAUCCUACGUUGGAUGAAUUUUUGUCUACUACAAUAAAAGAACAAUCUGUUGAGGAUUAUUUUCGCUCCGUGGGAAAUGAUGUUUUCUCUGCUACCCUUUCCUUUGCAAAAGCUUGCAUUGUUUUCCGUUUGCCGAAGGCAUUAUCGUUGAUGGACGACUUUCAGCUUUCUUCCUUUGACGAAGCAUUUCGGUCAGACGAACAAUUGCGUUAUUCGUACGGCGACAGUUGCGUCCGUUCAGACAAAAUAAAACUGUUCAUAUUGUUGUGCUUUAAAGGCGCCUGUCAAUUGCUUAAACCAGCAAUCGUUGCUUUCUUCCAGUUAACUGCUGCUUUACCAGGAAAUGUCAUGUCAGCGGUUCCUUACGAAAAAUUGCAGCGACCUAUAGAGCAUUGUUCCAUCACAUCAUUAAAGAUUAUGUUGGCCCGCUCGUAUGGCGUUAUGGCCAGUUUUGACUUACUGCAUAAAGAGACAGCUAAAAUUGAAGAGAUUUUCAACCAAUUUUCAGAUAAUGCUAACAACACUUUGGGCUCAGUUACAAAACGAUUCCUAAUGGGCUAUGUUGUAGCGUCUUUGUUUGCGAGACGAAGUUACAAUUCCAAUAUGCUACCUAUAUUUCAAAAGUGGUUGUUGAAGAAUUUUCAAGAACUUAGAACCCUUAUUAACAAUGGAGUUGCGGCGAACAGGAUUGCUGCACUUUCAUCUAUUGCUGAAUGUCUUACUUACGCUGGUGAUUUUAUUUGCGAUUCAGUCGAUAACACAAAGCUUAUUGAUGAGGUUAUAUCCCUUACUAAGAACAGUGAGAAUAGCGAACUUACUGCUUCGGCAUGCUCUGUGUUAUCACGGUAUAGUUUAACAUUAAGUCAUGAUAAGCGUCCUAAAGAAUUUGAAACAAUUCUGCAUGCCAUUUACUUAAUGUAUCACAACUCUUCCGUGGACAUGAUGUUCCUCAGUGCAGAAUCAAUGUCCGUCGUUGCUGGUGGUUGGAAUUCAACCACUCUCCGUGCUGAACAUAGUUUUCGAGAUGUUAAUGCACCAGUUACCGAUUCACCAAAUUUUGUUCAUGUGCUUGGCUGUGUGCUUGAUGAGUGGAUCAAGUCGCCAAAACCCGCAGUUAAGAAGUAUGCGACCCUGUGGCUAUUGUACCUUACUCGUAACUGCUCUAAAUGUGCCCCACUUCACGAACGGCUGCAGGAUAUUUAUCGUGCUUUUAUCUCUUGUCUUGCCAGCCAGGACGAUUUCUUACAAGAAACUGCAGCAAUUGGUCUUAAGGCUACUUAUGAUCUCUCCAGCAAGGAAGAGAAACAGUCGUUUACUACAAAACUUAUGCAAACUAUUACUGCAGAUGCGACAUCUCUCACUCAGAAAACGUCGUUUACAGAAGAAACAGAGCUUUUCAAAACAAAUCAAGGAAAGGUGGCCACAUACAAAGACAUAUGUUCACUUGCGAACGAGUCAGGUAAUCCUGAGUUGUUGUAUACCUUUCUUCAUGUAGCGAAUAGCAGUGCCGUUUGGAGCUCCCGUAAAGGUGCUGCCUUGGGAUUGGAAAGCAUCUUUAAAGCAGAUAAGGCGUCGUUAGAGCUUCUGUUCGGUGACAACAUGCGUUCGUCUGCGCUUAUUGCCAAGCUGUAUCGUUUCAAACAUGAUCCAACCACUAGUGUUGCUGAAACCAUGGAUAAAAUUUGGAAACUUUUAAGUCCCGCUGACUUCAAAAUUGAACAUUAUCGAGAUGCCAUUAUAAAGGAAUGUUUAUCCAACAUGACAGAUCGCUCAUGGCGUAAUCGCGAGUCAGCGGUAAAUACUCUCACUGAUUUGCUUGGUGGUGUGCCUCUCACAUAUAUUCUUAAUGAUAUGGAAAUGUUAUUGAGAAUGGCUUUCCGUGCGAUGGAUGACAUAAAAGAAUCAGUCCGAAUUUCGGCCGUACCACUUUGCAAGAUGUUGGUGCGUAGUUUGCUCAACAGCAUUGAAGAGACUAGUGUCAAUCGGACAGACGCUGGUAUUAAAAGAGGAACAGAGAUUCUUAAUGUGGCACUUCCGUUUUUUAUUGAUCAAGGAAAUAAUUCGACAGCGAAAGAAGUUAAUGCAUUUGCGUAUGAUACUGUCACCAAACUUGUGAAAACAAAAAGUCCUUCCUUAAGUCCGUUUGUCCCUGAGUUGGCAGAGGCGUUGUUGGGUUAUCUUACGAAAUACGAGUCUCAAGUAGCAUCAUUCCUCGAUUUUCAUACGAAGACGUAUGGUAUUGAACAGAGUCAACUGGAUGCCGCUCGUGUUUCUGCUGUACGGAACUCUUCAAUGAUGGAUUUGAUGGGUGUUAUUAUUGGUCUCGCUACAAAGGAAAGUAUGCCAAAAUUUGUCUCGGUUUUGAAUAACAGCUUAACAAGAACUGUUGGUGUUCCUACAAAGAUUGGUGCGUCUCAGGUUUGUGUUUUUCUGGUAAUCCGACGGGCUGAACUUGUCAAACCGUACGCGCCUAAACUUAUGCUGUCAUUAAAGGCUGCCUGCUUUGAUCGAAAUGCGGCUGUUUCAGAAAGCUACUGUGCUGCGAUGGGUUAUCUGUGUCGACUUCUCAGUUUCGAGCAGAUUGAGAACAUUUGCCGCCCUAUAUUUCAGCGCUUUUUUGACUGCGUGGAGUCGGAACAAACAGUAUGCAGCUAUUUGGUAGCUUCCAUCCUUCGGUUUGCCUCAGAUAAGUACCAUCAAAUGGGUCAGUUAUUCCUUCCCUUUGUGUUUGUUGGCAAAAACUCAUCCUUCGAGAAGGUACGGAACAUGUUGACAUCCGUUUAUAAUGACAGCGCAAGCGGCGGUAGUGCUGUAAACCUUUACUACGAUGAGAUCUUCAAUUAUGUGAAGGAGAGUGUUACAAGCUCUCAGUAUGAAAGAAAACUUCUGGGUGCUUUAUCGUUACGCGAAGUCAUCCAACUUGCACGGCUUUCCGGCAAAGAGAGUUCUAUAUAUGGUCUUCUGAGCGAUGCAAUUCGCGUUCGUACUUGGCCAGGAAAGGAAAAUGUCUUAGAGGCCCUCGUAUUAUUUGCUAAGGCGGUUCCAGAAUAUUUGGCUGAUCAUAAAAACGAUGUACUACGAAUGUUGCAGACGGAAAUUAAUCGUCGAAAUUACAGCUACAAAAUACGAGUGUAUCUGUGCAUUGGAGAUUUUCUCGGUGCAAAAGAGCUCGCUGAUUACGAUUUGGCACAAGUGUGUUAUGACGAGUGCAAGUCGACCUUCGGCGCAACGUUGGAUUCCUCUUUUGCUACGGAUAACGACUUGUCAGUCGAUGAUGUAAGAACGUUACAAUGCAAUCUUGUUCAUUGUAUCUUUUCAGCCUUUCGUAAGUCAAGCGACUCGGGUUUUACGUUUCAUCAGCUUAUCGAUAUCUUCUACGAUGCUACUAAAAACGAUCAGAUACACUGGCUUGUGAAACAAACUCUUUUGGAGCAUCUGUCGAACCUCAGCGACAUUGAAUCUUUGAAGGAUCUAAAUGAUGGAGAACACGUGAAGCACUUUAUUGCAUAUUGUCGACUAAAUAACCCUGCGGAGAAGGCGCAAGCUGUGCAUGAUAAAUUGCUAGCGAAGUUGCAGUAA